ACGAAAUUACCGAACUUAUUCGGGCAGCGUGUAAACGUACAUGAUACACUACAAAACUUUUACCAUCACCUAUUUCUGUAAGGGAAGCUGAAUUUAGGAGGUACAAGCUACUUGCUCUAAUAAAUAAACGAAGAAUUGGGCAAUUAUUCGUUUUAGAGACGACUGUUCGGUUUUGAUCCGUGAUUUACUUCUUUUGAAUCACAUUGAGCAUGAAAGCCGCUGUUAGAUCCGUAAAAAACUUUUCGAAAGGCUAUACAGACACACAGGUCAAAGUCCGAAAUGCCACCACAAAUGAUGCGUGGGGACCAAGCGGUAGUGCUAUGGCAGAAAUUGCUGCUCUGACUUUUGACCAAAAUGAAAUGUUAGAAGUAGUAGACAUCAUCGACCGUCGGUUGAAUGAUAAAGGCAAGAACUGGAGGCAUGUCUUUAAAUCCUUGUCUCUUUUGGAAUAUUGUCUUCACAGUGGAUCCGAAAAUGUAGUUCGAUGGGCUAAAGACAAUAUUUAUAUCAUUACCACAUUGCGAGAAUUUGUCUUUGUCGAUGAACAUGGACAUGACCAAGGCCAAAACGUCCGUAGUAAGGCAAAGGAGAUUAGCGCACUUCUUUCCGACGAUGAAAGUUUGCGCGAGGCUCGUAGGAACCGUGAUGUUAUGCAAUCUCGAUUCCGUAACGGUAGCUCGAGUCCGCUAUACGAAGAAUCUCGUUAUUCACGCACACCCAAUCGUCGUGAUGAUGAAGAUGAAGGACGUUCACGUUCCAGGUAUCGCAGUAGAUCGCGUCGUCCUUCUGGUCGCUCUCGCUCCCGUCGUAGUCGCCGACCCUCUCCAGUUAGCGAUCAAGACGACGAUUCCGAACUUCGCCGCGUAAUUGAAGAAUCUAAGCGACAAGCAGAUGAAGAUGCUCGUCGACGCUCAAUGAAUAGUAAUUCUGAAGCCGAUCUUCAAAAAGCAAUUCAGCUCUCAAAAGAAGAGGAAGAAACUAGGCUUAGACAUCAGCGCGAACGCGAGCAGCAGUCGCCCUCGUUAGCUUCUGCUUUCCAACCUGUUGACUUUUUUGGUAAUCCUGUUCAACCUCAGCCCACUGGCUUUAUGCAACCUCAACCAACUGGCUUUAUGCGCCCGCAGACCACUGGUUUUGUUCAGCCACAACCUACCGGGUUUGUGUAUCCGCAAAAUACUGGAUUUGUUCAACCUCAACAUACUGGUGUUCAACCUCAACACACUGGUAUGAUGCGUCCUCAGCAUACAGGGUUCAUGCAGCCUCAACAUACCGGUUUUGUUCAACCACAGCACACCGGGUUUUCUCAACCAUUUGACUCCAACAACCCCUUUCCAAUGAUGCAGCCCCAUCGUACAGGUUUUGCUCAACCUCAUCCCGUUCAACUUAUGCCCCCUAAUCACACUGGCUAUGUUCAACCUCAGAGCACAGGUUUUCGUCCUCAGAAUACCGGCUUGAACGCGAAUAACCCUUACUCACGUCCACUUCAACCUCAAAGUACGGGCUAUAUGAAACCGCAACCUACUCAGCCUCAACCGCAACCACAACCUCAAUUGGAAACUACGAAAACUGGUUCCAAUAAUCCAUUCGCUCAAUUUGCUAAACUGUCUCCCCAACCUGCAGCUCCUAUGACUGCUAAGCCAAUGAGACCAGUGCGAACUGGUGAUGAUAAACACGCCAAUAUUGCUCAAGCUAUUGCAUCUGGUAAUCCUAACGGUAUUGAUAGUUUUGGUAACAUUGGUUUGGCUCGAUUACCUUCACAGCACACAGGUUCAAGAUUUACGAACAGUGCUGGCCAAACUAUCCAGUCGCAAGCUACCGGAAACACACUCAAUCCUUUCCAUACUCAACCUACGGGGGCUCAGCAACAGAUGUACUCAUAUCCACAAAAUAUGAAUGGAAACUCGCAACAGAAUAUGCAGCAACAAUCUAUGCAACCUCAAGUCGGUUCUCUCAUUGAUCUGUAAUUUAAUCAUCCCUUUUAGGUCCUUUUCAUUUAUUAAUGAACGUUUUAAUGAUGGUCCUUCUCUUUUUGUUAAUAAAUUUUAUGAAAAUUUGCUAUCAAUUUAUCUUGUUCCAAGCUACGCCAUUCCAUUGUGUGCUAUCAUUCGCCCAGUUUUUAUGAUUUACAAGACGUAGCACAGAAUAGAAAAAUUUUUAAUGGAAAUUCGCGUUUGUAAUCUUCCUUCAUCACAAAUGCUUUUAUUACUUCCUAAUGCUAUUUAAGUGGACUAAUCGUCUACUUUGUUGCCUUCAAUAUCUGUAGUCUCUUUACUUCUGAACUAAAAAAUGUAGUACUACAGAAUAAUAAUAAUUAUUAUUUUUUAAACCAAAAUUUGAAGGUUGGUUCUGAUUAAUCGUAGGCAACGCUAAAUAUUAAGGUACUUUAAUCCCAUCACUUUUCAUAACCGCUAG